UAGACAAGAGAGAGAGAGAGAAUGGGACAGGUAUAGAGCUGAACAGGUGACGGGACGGGACGGUUUUAUGUUGAUCCUUCACACUUUUACUCCGGACCCAACCUUCUUCAAACCAGGCUUGGAGUAGACACAACCUUGCUCUGAACACAAGAUACAAUUCCGUCCUCAAUAGUUAACAGUGCAAAUUGCAAUAGUUAUAAAAAGUGAUACAUAAUUGUUAAAUAAGUGAUAUUAACGCGCAAUGAACGUAUCGUGAUUGAUUUAUAUCCAAUGAAUGAAUGCAUAUAGAAAUAUUCUUGGAAUUUCCUGCCUUUAAAAAUAUAUAUGGGGGUGGAGAAUAAAAUUUAAACUUCAACCGGAAAUUCUUCUCCUUUAUCAAUAGAUCUAGAUAUUCAAGAAUUUCUCCGCGUGUAUAUCAGGACCCGGAGUAAUGAAAGUGAACCUUGUUGAUGUAUUCAACCAGUAUGCUUCUACUGGAUGAGGGAUGAGAGGAGCAGAAUGGGUAAGAUGUCUCUACAAGGAAGCCAGGAUGAAAUACUUAAACACAGCUGGAUGACAAAAAGGUCCCAGCUUAAAUCUCGCAUAUCCUGGACUAACUAUAAGGAUCGAUGGUUUUGUUUGACUCGAACCUCUCUGGCCUACUAUGACGGAGACGAAGAGUCCAAGAGGAAGGAGAAAGGACGGAUAUAUAUCCGAGAUAUUAAACUUGUUGAGAAUGUUAGAAUUGAAGAUAGACCUCAAAGCUUCCAGAUAAAGUACACAGAGAGUGGACAAGAUUACACCCUGUAUAUCCAGUCUAAGGGAGACGCUGAGCGGGAAGAAUGGAUUAUCUUACUCCGGAACCUGAUCAGACACAACCCGGCGCUCUGCGACAAUUUUCAUCCUGAGCUCUGGUCCAGUAAAUGGUUGUGCUGUGGAGAACCAAACAAGAAUGUUCUAGGUUGCCAACCUAUCUCCUGGAUUCCGAGACCAACUAAAUCUGAUCCUGCUCCUCCCCUCCCUCUCUCCGAUCCUCUUCUAUCUCCGGACUCUCCAGGUCCCCCGGAGAGGUUGAUCGUGGUUGCUGUGUAUCCUUUUACUGCUAUAGAACCUGGAGAUCUUUCAUUGAUCAAAGGGGAGCAGUACAUUGUACUGGAUGAUUCACAGGAUCACUGGUGGCAGGUGGAGAACUCAUCUGCAGAGGUCGGGUUCAUCCCCUCCAACUACGUCAAAAAGUUCGACGAACUAGGUCUAACUAGUUUCGACUGGUACGUUGGCGACAUGUCGCGGCAGCGCGCCGAGUCGCUGCUCAAGACGGAGGAUAAAGAAGGCUGUUUUGUCGUCAGAAACUCUUCGACGAAGGGACUUUACACCUUAUCGUUGUUCACUAAAAUACCUCAUAAUCAAGUAAAACAUUAUCACAUAAAACAAAACAUCGCUGGUUACUUCUUAUCUGAGAAGCAUUGCUGUCAGUCCAUCGCUAAACUAAUAGAAUAUCAUUCACACAACGCCGGCGGUUUAGCGUGCCGGCUUAAGUGCCCGCCUGGAAGGUCUAAACCGCCGACCGCCGGUCUCAGUCAUGGGAAGUGGGAGAUUGACCCUACGGAGUUAACGCUAGGCGAGGAGCUAGGUAGCGGUCAGUUUGGUGUCGUCCGGCGGGGGAAGUGGAAGGGGACGAUUGACGUGGCGGUUAAAAUGAUGAAGGAGGGAACUAUGAGUGAAGACGAUUUUAUCGAGGAAGCCAAGGUGAUGACUAAAAUGCAGCACCAGAAUCUUGUACAACUGUACGGAGUGUGCAGCAAGAACAGACCUAUCUUUAUAGUAACAGAGUACAUGAAGCACGGCAGCUUAUUAUCAUUCCUAAGAAAACUGAAGCCUUCGCUGUACACAGAUCCUUGUACAUUACUAGAUUUUGCUCUACAGGUUAGCCGUGGUAUGGCCUAUCUGGAGCGCCACAACUAUAUUCACCGUGAUCUCGCCGCCAGGAACUGUCUCGUCGGCGCCGAGAACGUCGUCAAGGUUGCUGACUUCGGUUUGGCUCGAUAUGUGAUAGAUGACCAGUAUACUAGCAAUGGGGGAGCUAAGUUUCCUAUAAAGUGGAGUCCACCAGAGGUCUUGAACUUCACGAGGUUCUCCAGCAAGAGUGACGUUUGGGCCUACGGUGUGUUGUGCUGGGAGGUGUUCACCUGCGGCGAGAUGCCCUACGGCCGGGCAAAGAACCCCGAGGUCGUGGAACGGGUUCAACGCGGGCAAAUACUCUCCCAGCCGGCUGCAUGCCCGAACCAGGUUUAUGAGGUGAUGAGACUAUGCUGGGCAGCAAUACCCGAUGAUCGGCCAUCUUUUAGAACAAUCAAAGAACAGCUGACCAACAUUGUGCAGCUGAUACAAAUCGACUAGAAGACGACAUUAUAACAAUCAACUAAUCGUUUAAACUGAUAUUUUUUGCUCAAUUCUACUCGCCACUUUUUGUUUAAGGGUUUUAUGCAGUAUUCAUGAUAAUGAUACGCUGAAUUUACAACUUUAAGCCUCUUAAAUCCAGAUCCUCAAAACUGCUUAUUCAGUUUAGGAUUCGGAUCCAAAUGACAAUAUCUUCCAACACAGUAAAGAACAAAAAAAUUUCUAAGCAAAAAACAUGUGUCAAAAAAUGAAAAAUUAAGAAAAAAUUUGGAAUUUGGGGAAAGAAAUCCCCAACAAAAUGUAAGGAUUUAAAGUUUGAAUGUUUGAAUGGUUGGAGAUAAAAAUCUAAAGAUGGCGUCUUCCAAAAAAAAAUGGCCGCCAGGGAACCCCAGUAACUUUGUCUUCUAUAUUCUAUUUUCAAGGUGACAGCUUAAUUGAUAAUUAUGACAGCUUUGUAACCAUCAUAUGUUUAAAGUUUGACUUCACAGAUCAACUUAUGUUUUUAAAAAUGUUCUCUUUUUACACAUGUUACCCGAAUUUUAAUCACCAUAACAUACUCAAA